AUGGCUGCGAAUGACUACUAUCGCCAGUCCUACAUGGCACACUCUCAACAGUCUCUACCAACCAAAAAUAAUCAGCGACCCAUGUCCCAUGUAUAUUCCUAUGAUAAUACGAACAGCGCGUCCAGUCUCGAUCAGUCACGCCCUUCAAAUACACACUCUCCUCAUCGAAAACCAUACCACGACCGCUAUGACACUCAGCGCCCUCCCCAGUCGCCAUCCUCCGAAUCAAUACCUCUCGAACAGCAAGCACGCGUUAAUACAAACUCCGACAACUGGCGGCACCGGUCGACUCAUUACCCUCCGUCGCCCGAAUCGCAGAUUCCGCAAUCACUCCCCGAACCAGGCAAGAAAAAGAAUAAAUGGUUUUCGGGAAGAAUUCCAUGGGUUGUAUACAUUGUCAGUUUGGUUCAAAUUACAGUCUUCAUUGCGGAAAUCAUCAAGAACUCAAUAGUAACGGGCUCGCCUAUCAUGAUACAUCCUCAGUUUAAUCCUAUGAUCGGUCCUUCGACCUACAUUCAAAUCAACAUGGGCGCACGUUUUGUACCUUGCAUGCGGGUAACACCUGGUGUUCAAGACGCCAACCCGCCUGUCGUUUGGCCUUGCCCUAAUACCACCACUUCGGAUUCGAACGCAGAUAGCAAUCACUGUACUCUCGGCGAGUUGUGUGGUUUCUCUGGCUUCAACAACGAACACCCGAACCAAUGGUUUCGUUUCAUCGUCCCCAUGUUUCUACAUGCUGGACUUGUUCAUAUCGGUUUCAACCUUGUCCUGCAACUUACUAUGGGCCGGGACAUGGAGAAAGCCAUUGGCAGCAUUCGAUUUGCCAUUGUCUAUUUUAGUUCGGGGAUUUUUGGAUUUGUUCUGGGUGGAAACUUUGCAGCCACGGCCAUCGCUUCGACAGGGUGUUCGGGAUGUCUCUUUGGCAUAUUGGCCCUAACCCUCCUGGACUUGAUUUACGCCUGGAACGAGCGACGCAGCCCCGUCAAGGAUCUCAUGUGGAUCCUGGUCGAUAUUGUCAUUUCCUUCGUUCUGGGCCUGUUGCCUGGGCUGGACAAUUUCUCCCAUAUUGGUGGCUUUUUGAUGGGCCUCGCCACCGGGUUGUGUCUCUUACACUCUCCUAAUAUCCUUCGCCAGCGCAACGACCAAGCACCGGGAACAUAUCGCAAUGUUGAGUCAGAGGUGGACAUCACGAACCCCAAGCGGCCAAUGCUCGAAACUCCCGCGACAACGGCAGCACCCGCGAAUGUCGCCGCGUUCGCAAAGGAGCCAGUGGGCUUCUUCAAGGGCCGCAAGCCUCUCUGGUGGGGAUGGUGGCUGCUACGUGCUGGUGCGCUGAUCGGGGCACUCGUCGCGCUCGUGGUGCUCUUGAACAAUUUCUACAAGUACCACGACAAGUGCUCGUGGUGUAAAUACCUGAGUUGCUUGCCUGUGAACCAUUGGUGUGACAUUGGGAAUCUGAACCUGAGCAACACCGGCACGUCGAAUGGGACGAGCAAUUCAAAGAGAGAUUUCUUGGUCCAAGCGGGCAUGGUGUUGACCAGGGAUCUAUUCGAUAUCGAUGCCAUGAGAGGAUCGCUCGAAGUUAAUUCUCUCUUUUGA